UGCUGCGCAGCACAUAGAAUGCAAAGCGAGGAAGCGAAGAGAAUUGAAAUGAAGAAUUGUGGAGGACUGGAUUGUGUUGUAUAGAGUUAGUGGAUGAUUUCUUCCCAAAGGCGUUUUUCGCUUUAUGCACAAAAUUUAAACGAAUACAGGAAAAGCUGGAAUUUUCGGCAAUAGUGAGCAUACAAAACUAACUCAGUUGAUUGUGAAAAAUGUGCAGAAAAGUGUGAAAAUUUAGUGAAAAGUGAAGAAAAGAUAAAUAACUGGCUGAUUGGUAGACCCAAACAGCAGGAGGUGAAGUCAACUUUUUAAUCAACAGCCUCACCACUAGCAAUUUAAGGAGGUUGACACACACACACGCACACGCACAAAGUUGCAUAUAAACAGAUACACUGUGAGUGUAUAUGUGUGGGCAUAUGUGUAUGCAACACCAACGCGUUGGCCAUUGUAUUGUAUAGUUGCAAUUUGUUUUCAAGUCAGUCGCAAGUAAAUAAUUAUAAGUUCAUAUAAUUGCAAAACGAAAACAAAAACAAAAACAAAAAACAAAAAAACAGUGCAGAAAGUGUAAAAGUUGGAAAAUUCUAGGAAAUUCAACUCAAAUGCAUCUCAAGCGCAAAAUGAUACGCUACUGAACGCAUUGCGGUGUGAGCAACUAACGAGCAGCGUGCGCAUUAAAGCGCACUCACGACAAGCGGGCGCCACAUAACUAUAACUGUGCACAACAACAACAAACACAAGCAACGAACGCACAAACUCUCAUUCACAUCCACGCACCAACAAAAGCCGGCUGUUCGAAAGCAAACAUCCAAGUACAUCCAACACCAGCAACGCAACACAAAAUGCCACACCCACGCUUUGUUGCGCGCCUGCGCCUACUACUUAAUCUACUACUUUUCGCCGCCAUUAUUGAUGAACAUCGCGGCGGCGCUGCUGCAGUCGUUGUCAUCGACCCAGAGCUUUCGUCGCCCUCACCCUUCACCAUCGCACCGACCGCCUCAACGCCAACACCAACACCAACUCCAAAGUACACUGCAACUGUUGCCGGUGAGAGUAACGACGACGACAGCAGCAGCAGCAGCAGUAGCAGCGCUAGUGGCAGCGUGACGCCCGCAAGCAAUGCGUUGGACAUGAAUGCAUACGCCGUGAAUGGCGUAAGUGUGGAUAAUAAUAAUAUGGCCGCCGCUGUCGCUGGCGCUGAUGAAACCGUUGAGACUGAGGGCGAUUAUCAACUCGCAGCUGCUGCGCCCACCUCACCUGCUUCUGUGGAGCAGCAGGAUCAGCCGCGGGUGCCACCCACUACGCUUUCCUUUGCCAAUAUUGCGCCCGCCAGCGGUGUGGGUGGCGACUUGUUUAGCGGUGGCAGUAUUAGUGGUUUCGAGACGCGUGGAGGUGAUGGGGAGACAGCCACCACUGCCGGCGACGCCACACCACCGUACGCGGCUGUGGACGAGAAAUAUGUGCCAAGUAAACCAUUGAAUUUAACUGUCUUGAAUGUGACAUCGACGAGCAUUACCAUGUCGUGGUAUCCGCCAAAAAAUCAAAAUGGCGCCAUCGCCGGCUAUCACGUCUUUCACAUACACGAAAAUCAGACUGGCGUGGAGAUCAUGAAGAACUCACGCAACUCCCAAGACACUAUUAUCAUUUUUGAGCUGCCAAAUUUAAAGCCUUUCACCGAUUACCGUGUCAUUGUUCAGGCGUUCACCAUGAAAAACGAAGGCAACCCCUCCGAUCAGAUUGUGCAGCGCACCGAUGUCGCCGGUCCGAGCGCACCGUAUGUGGUUAACCUGACGUGUCACUCGCAGGACGCCAUAGCCAUACGCUGGCGGCGACCGCACGAAUUUUACAACACCAUCGAUUUUUAUAUAAUUAAAACACGCGUGGUGGGCCAAGACUCACACCGGGACAUACGCAUCAAUGCGUCGGCGAAAGAGUUGGAAACGGCGAUGAUAUUACAAAAUCUCACCACACAUACGGAAUAUGAAGUCAAAGUUUCAGCUGCAACACUAAGCAUAAUAAAUCCAAAAAAAAUCGUACUGGGUAAAUUUUCCGAAACUAGGAAGAUUUCGCUGCAUCCCAAUUGCGAGAAGAUUCAACCGCUGCUACGUCAGUCACACAAUGACUACAACCUGGCGGUGUUGGUUGGCAUUAUUUUCAGCUGCUUUGGCAUUGUACUCAUCGUAAUGGCGUUCUUCUUGUGGAGCAGGAAGUGCUUUCAUGCCGCCUACUAUUAUUUGGAUGACCCACCACACCAUCCCAAUUUGCCGCAAGUGGACUGGGAAGCACCCGUCGAAGUCGCAGGCGAAAUACGCGCGGCUGUACCCGUCAAUGAGUUCGGCAAGCAUGUCGCCUCUCUGCACGCUGAUGGCGAUAUUGGCUUUAGUCGCGAGUAUGAAGCUAUUCAAAACGAAUCAAUUGACGAUUUACCCUGCGAACAUUCCCAGCACCCAGAGAAUAAGCGUAAAAAUCGCUAUCUGAAUAUAACAGCCUAUGAUCACAGCCGCGUGCACCUGCACCCCACACCCGGACAAAAGAAAAACCUUGACUACAUCAAUGCCAAUUUCAUUGAUGGUUAUCAGAAAUCGCGCGCCUUCAUCGGCACACAGGGUCCACUGCCAGACACAUUCGAUUGCUUCUGGCGCAUGAUUUGGGAGCAGCGCGUGGCUAUCAUCGUGAUGAUCACCAACCUGGUGGAGCGUGGUCGCCGAAAAUGUGACAUGUAUUGGCCAAAGGAUGGCGUCGAGACCUACGGUGUCAUACAAGUGAAGAUGGUUGAUGAGGAGGUCAUGUCCACCUACACAGUGCGCACCUUACAGAUCAAGCACUUGAAGGUAAAACAGUUAAAGAAAAAGAAACAGUGUCAGACCGAGAAAAUCGUGUAUCAAUAUCACUACACCAAUUGGCCCGAUCAUGGCACACCCGAUCAUCCACUGCCAGUGUUGGACUUUGUGAAGAAAUCCUCUGCCGCAAAUCCCGACGAUGCGGGCCCCAUUGUGGUGCAUUGCAGCGCUGGUGUCGGGCGCACAGGCACCUACAUCGUCUUAGAUGCCAUGCUCAAACAGAUCCAACAGAAAUUAGUCGUAAACGUAUUCGGUUUCCUACGACACAUACGCAUUCAGCGUAAUUUCCUUGUGCAAACCGAGGAGCAGUAUAUUUUCAUACACGACGCCCUGGUCGAGGCGAUCGCCUCGGGUGAAACGAAUUUGCGUACCGAGCAAAUUGAGGAACUGAAAAACUGCACACCCUACCUGGAGCAGCAGUACAAGAAUAUCAUACAAUUCCAGACGAAAGACAUACACAUUGCAUCUGCGAUGAAGCAGGUGAAUUCGGUGAAGAAUCGUGGUGCCAUAUUCCCGAUCGAAAGCAGUCGUGUCCACUUGACGCCCAAGCCGGGUGAGGAGGGUAGUGACUAUAUAAAUGCGUCAUGGCUGCAUGGCUUCCGGCGAUUGCGUGACUUUAUUGUCACUCAACAUCCGAUGUCGCACACUGUGAAAGACUUCUGGCAAAUGGUCUGGGACCACAAUGCGCAGACCAUUGUGCUGCUGUCAUCGCUGGACGAAAUUAAUUUCGCACAAUUUUGGCCCGAUGACACGACACCCAUCGAAAGCGAUUACUAUCGCGUCAAAUUCCUACGCAAAACGAACAAAAGCGAUUAUGUUAGUCGUGAUUUUGUCAUUCAAUCGAUACAGGAUGAUUAUGAGCUGAAUGUGAAAAUGCUGCAUUGUCCCAGUUGGCCGGAGAUGUCCAACCCGAAGAGUAUUUACGAUUUUAUAGUCGACGUGCACGAGCGAUGCGCCGAUUAUCGCAAUGGACCGAUUGUCGUUGUGGAUAGAUACGGCGGCGCACAAGCGUGCACCUUCUGUGCCAUAUCGUCCUUGGCGAUGGAAAUGGAAUAUUGCAACACGGCGAGCAUCUACCAGUAUGCCAAGCUGUAUCACAACAAACGGCCGGGCGUGUGGACCUCCAGCGAAGACAUACGCCUAAUUUACAAUAUACUCUCGUUUUUGCCACGCAACCUACAGCUGCUCGAACGUACAGCGUUGCGCACGGAAUUCGAGGAUGUGACAACGGCCACGCCGGACCUCUACAGCAAAAUUUGUAGCAAUGGUAAUAUAAAUGCCCAGCUGAAUUGUAAUAAUUUGCUAAAUUAUAAUAAUAGUAGUAGCGUAAAUAGUAAUAGUAUUAGUAAUGUAAAUGUGGCAAAUGCAAAUUCAAAUGCAAAUGCUUGCAAUACUACCAACAACACUAUAAAUAAUAUAACAACAACAACAACAACGACACAACCAACGAUGACACCCAAUUCGAGUGCAAACAAUUUACAAAAUCAACAGCUAUCACAACAACAACAACAACCACACGCACUCACAUCAUUACAAGCACAACAAAUGUCGCUAGACCAACAACAACAAUCACAACAACAAGAGUCGCUCAGUUUAAUCCAGUCACCAAUACCACCACAACCAACUCAUUACUCACCUCCACCACCACCACCACCGUCACCACCACUAUCAGCCAUACUCGCAUCGCCAAAUGAAAUCACAACAACAACAACAACCGAUUUGACCAACAUGACGACAGCCACCACCACCAACAACACUAACAAUUUGAAUGCUAAUAUAAUUGGUAAUGCUAAUUAUAAUGUAAAUUGCGCUAAUACUAAUACUACUACUAAUGCUACCAACACCACUACCACCAACACAAACGCCAAUAAUACCUCAAAUCACCAUACUUGUGCAAUACCACCUUAUGCCACAUCAUCCAACAACAUCAAAUCCAAUCCAAUUAAUAAUCAUACACCUCCUACACCACCAAUAACAACAACAACAAAUCCCAACUCCUCCUUUGCUGCUAUUUCCACUAAUGGUGAACGGUUUUCUAUUGUAAAUAAUAUGGAACAACAACAACAACAACACCACCAAUACCAACCAACUCAUGCGCACCAACACCACCAUCAACAACGACAACAACAACAAUCACCAAUAUCGCAACUAACGUCCCUAACUGACGCCGUUGCUGAUCUCCACAUGUACGGCACGCAUGACAAUGAAACGAUGUUAUCAACAACAACAACAACACCAAACGGCAUUAAUGGUUACCUAACACCACCGCCACCACCACCUGCCUUCGAAAAUGACGCCACUGUGGCAAACCAACACCUUCACCGCCGUCAAUUCGAUCCGUUGAAUUCGAAUGCGUGCGGCAACUCCGCCAAUUCUGGCACUUGCAUGGAUGAUACGAUCGAUGGCCUGACGCCGCUACUACCACCACCACCGCCGACACAAUUCCCCAACUCAUAUGCGAAUAACACCUGCAACAUGGGCGAUGUGACCUCCUCGACACCAUUAACAAAAUCCUCCUCCAAUACUUCUUUGUCUUCUGCAAACGCCACUGCUAACUACAACGGUAAUGGUAAUGAUACUGGUAAUGGAAAUGGUAAUAAUAAUGAUGCCGAUUUGCAUGGAAAUGCGAAUGGUUCGUUGAAUGCAAAUACUAAUACGAAACAAAUGACAACUACAACAACAACUAAAGCAGCGACUGUUACAGAUGCCCAAAGUUUAGAUAUCGUAGGCUAGAAUUAGGAAUUAAAUUAAAAUUAUAUUAUAAAUAAUAGCAAUAGUUAAGUAUCUAUGAAUGUAGAUAAGUAAUUUAAAAGUAAAAUUUAUAAACUUAAAUAGACUAACUAACAAAUUAUUUUUAUGAUAUGCGAAACAAAGCGAAGAAGAAGAGCAAAAACAAAAACCAAAUGCUCGCAAACACCAUAGAAAUAACACAAACAUAUUUACUUUUUUUCAAUGAAAAUGGCAGUAAAAAGCUGAUAAAAAGCAGAGUAUUGCUUCUAAGCAAAUAUUCAAUAGGUACAAGA